AUGCUGAUAGAAUACGUUGUAAUGGGGCUCCAGAACGCAUUGUUGUUCGCAUGUCUCGCCACGGCUGAGGUCUGGGCACUGUACAAGGAAUGGACGCCGAGCUUUCACUGGGAGGAGAAAAUGACAAUGAAAAACCCGGAAAACAACCCUACCUUCAACUACCCAGAGCUUGGGUCUCUGCAAGAUGCAUGGAAGGUCCUAGAAGAAACGUCAACUGAUACGUAUUUUCUGUUGUUUCGCGCCGCUGUUCCCGUUAAAAAGAAAUGUAUCUCCGCAACAGUAAAGAUUACUGACAAAACCAACAAAACCGCCACUCACAUAAUAAUGAUUUACGAUACGCAAAAAAAGAAAUACGAGAAUACCACAAUACAAGUGAGAGCUCUGAAUCAAGCUGACUACCCGCUUGAAAACGUUAUAAGGGCCAACUUCAAUGGAAAGCUCCCAAACGCUACUCCAGUUCCCCCAGGAAGCUACACGUACGCUGAGUAUGAUAACUCCACCUGCUAUUCCAGAAGUACUCCCUUUCCUAAUAAGGGAAAUGCUGUGAGUUCUUGGCAGGGUGCACGACACCAUGGUGAAUCUGCGAAGAAUGUUCUAAAUGAUUUGUUCCCCUCUCCGGAAAGUGGUGACUAUGCUGACAUGUAUGUCGUAUACAACGAGCCGCAAUGUUAUAUCCUUAGGAGUUCCGCAGCCGAAGGAGGAUGCGACUUGUGGCUGAGAAAGACCGAGUUGAAAAAAAUAGUGGAUGACCUGGAAGAUGAACUUAUAACAAAAAAAGAGGAAAUCUAUAAGAAGAAUAAGGAAGAAUUGGGAAUCGACGAAAACUGCACUGCGACAGAUGAUCAAAAAGAAGACCUAGAACGUUACGUAGAAGAUGACUUUGAAACCUUGUUGCACGAUGUCGUAUGGGAACGGAUUUCCCUCGACUGCGUUCUCGCCUUCAUGAUAAACUGUGGAACGCCAUUAUAUAGAGUUUCCGAUCCGAUAACCUGUAAUACCACACUAACAGGGCAAAACGUG